GUGGGCGGGCCUUCGGGGAGGAGGAGGGCCGCCUUCUCCUUGCUUUUCUUCCUUCCUUCCUUUCUUCCCUCCUUCCUUCCUCCUUCCUCCUCCUCCUCCCUCCCUCCCUCCCUCCCUCCCCGGACGCCUCCCCGGCGGCGCGCCCUCUGCACCUGCCUCGCCUCUUCCUUCCCCUUCCUCCCCGUCCGUUUCCUCCCUGUUCCUCCUCCGGGGAUGGAGUCCCAGUGCGACUACUUCAUGUACUUCCCGGCGACGGCCUUCCCGGGCCGGGAGGAGCUGGAGGGCGAGCCGGGCCGGUACCGCUCCCUCCCGCGGAGGAACCACCUCUACCUGGGCGAGACCGUCCGCUUCCUCCUCGUCCUGCGCUGCCGCGCCGCCGCCGCCCCCUCCGCCCCCGCCCCCGCCCCCGCCCCGGCAGCCCCCCCCUGGGGACAACUGGCCGGGUCCCUGUCCGCCCUGGCCAGCGUCAGCCCCGGGGGAGGGGGAGGGGGAGGGGGCGCCUGCGGGGGGGCCGGGCUGGUGCUGCUCCCCGGCGGGGGCGGGGGCCCGGAGGGGGAGGGGCCCGAGGGGAGGGGCCACUCCCCCCCGCCCUCCUCCUCCGCCUCCUCCUCCUCCUCCGCCCCCGGGGCCGCCCCCUCCCCCUUCCGCCACUGCCGGGCCCUCCUCACCCACGGCGCCCCCGCCAAGGGCACCCCCGCCCCCGCCUCCGCGGAGGAGCCAAUCGUCUCCACCGACGAGGUCAUCUUCCCGCUGACCAUCUCCCUGGACAAGCUGCCCCCUUCGACCCUCAAGGCCAAGAUCGUGGUGACCGUCUGGAAGCGGGACCAGGAGAAGGCGGAGGCGCGGGAGAGGGGCUACCUGAGCCUCCUGCAGGACCGGGCCCCCGCCCAGACCUUCAAGGAGGAGCAGGGCGCCUUCAAGGCACAAGUGAGCACCCUGCUGACCGUCCUGCCGCCCCCAGAGGUCAAGUGCCAGCAGCUCAACGUGGCCGGGAAGCACCUGACGGUCCUGAAAGUCCUGAACGCGGCCUCGCAGGAGGAGGUCUCCGUCUGGGACGUCCGCAUCCUGCCCAACUUCAAUGCCAGUUACCUCCCCAUGAUGCCCGACGGGUCCGUCCUGCUGGUUGAUGACGUUUGCCACCAGUCGGGCGAGGUCUCCAUGGCCUCCUUCUGCCGCGUCUCCUCCUCCUCUUCCUCUUCCUCUUCCUCUUCCUCGGCCUCGUGCUCCCUCCGGGCCCUUGAGGAGCAGAACUUCCUCUUCCAGCUCCAGGCCCCCGAGCAGCCCCCCAGCAGCGCCAAGGAGGGCCUGGAGGUCCCUCUCAUCGCGGUGGUCCAGUGGUCGACCCCCAAGCUGCCCUUCACCGCCAGCAUCUACACGCACUACAGGCUGCCCAGCAUCCGCCUGUCGCGGCCGCGCUUCGUGAUGACGGCGGAAUGCCCCUCGCCCGUCCCGCUGCACCGCCGCUUCACCGUCACCUACACGCUCAUCAACAACCUGCAGGACUUCCUGGCCGUGCGCCUGGUCUGGACCCCGGAGAGCGCCGCCGCAGGCAAGAAGCUGUCCCGCGAGGAGCGGCGCGCGCUGCAGGACACGCAGGAGGCCAUUGUGUGCCACACGCCCCUCAACAACCUGGGCUUCUCCCGCAAAGGCAGCGCCCGCACCUUCCGCGUCACCUUCCAGGCCCUGCGCGCCGGACUCUACGAGCUCUCCCAGCACAUGAAGCUGAAGCUGCAGUUCACGGCCAGCGUCUCGAACCCGCCGCCCGAAGCCCGCCCGGUCUCGCGCAAGAGCAGCCCCGGCAGCCCGGCCGUGCGGGAGCUGGUGGAGCGGCACCAGGCCAGCCUCGGGCGCUCCCAGAGCUUCUCCCACCAGCAGCCGGCCAGGGGACACCUCAUGCGGUCCGGCAGCGUCAUGGAGCGCAGGGCCAUCACCCCCCCGGUGGGCUCCCCGGUGGGGCGGCCACUCUACCUGCCCCCCGACAAGGCCGCCCUCUCCCUGGACAAGAUCGCCAAGCGCGAGUGCAAGGUGCUGGUCAUUGCGCCCGGGACGUGAGGCAGGCGGGACCCCAAGGGAGGGCCGGAGGGCCCCUCUCCGCGGCCAUCGUGUCGCCCUGCCUCCCCCCCCCCCCCGCCAGUAUGUCCCCCUCCCCACGCCACAGGCUCUCUCCGCCAGGAAUGGCCACGCGCUGCACAAGGAGGG